AUGCACAACGUGUCCAAAAUCCAACGACAGAUCGAACGAAGCGAGAGGAGAGCUGAGCACUACGCGGAGUUAUUCCGGAUUCAGGAGAGGAAUCAUGGUCAGAAAAUGAAGGAAAUGGAGGAUAAAUUGGAAGAAAAAACCAAGGAAAAUGAGAAGUUACAAGAGGAAAACGAUCGAUUGAAGGUGGAGUUGGAGAAGGAAAAGAUGAAGAGAAGCAAGCAGGAGAGGGCUGAUGACGAGUGGGAGGUGCUGAAAUAA